ACGUCCGAGUGUAGUCGGCUGAAGACAGCUGAAGAAAAGCUCCUGUCGGAAAUUGCAGCGCUUGAGGUCAAAAGGAAGGAGCAGGAGGCUUGUGCGGCUCAAAAGGAGGAAGAGUUAGCUCUAGAAGUUGAACGACUUGAGACCGAAUGCGAUGUAAAAGAGGCGCAAAAGGGAGAACUUGAAACUAGGAUACAUGAGCUGACUUCUCGGCUAGAUCAGAACAAAGUGGAGGCAUCGUUGAAGAUCACGGAAUUAGUGAGCGAGUUGAAAAUAUCAAACUCAAAUGCAGUGGCUGUAGAGGACGAUCUUAAAAAGACGCGAAGCGCUCUUACCGCAGAAAGCGAACGUCGUGCUGUUAUGGAGCAUGAAUUGAGUCUUAUGCGUGACCAACUACUGCAAAACGCCAAUCUUCUCGCGUCUUCUCACUUUAGUCGAAGUGGCAGCAUGCGGAGUGAUCAAGGACGUCAGCCGUUCUCUUUGUUAGGACCUGAUGGCAAUUCUGUUUCUCUAAGCGGCGGUUCCAGCGAUUUGGAAGAAAUCGCCCUCAUCCUUCGUCAACAACAAAUGAUAAAUGAUUUACGUAUGAGAGCAGAGCAACAUCAAGCGGGAAAUGAACGCCUUCGAAACUUGGUGGAAGCAAGUUCGUUAGUGGAGUCACUCGAGAAGAGAACUUCUUUGCGCUCCUUCGAAUCUCACAAACUUCAGGAACUUGAAACAGCGUGUUCUCGUCUGAAACUCGAACUGGAGCGUUUAGUGGAGGAGAAGGCUGACGGUGGUCUCGAGAAUAUGAACGUGAAGCUUUCUGCUUGA